GAUUGUGGCAUGUUUGGUUUUCUAUAUAUACAGGCAGGAUGAUGAAAAAAAGAAAAGCUUCAGGGUGAAUAAGCUCAAACACAAACCCACUAGUGGUGGAAAAUCUAACAACGGAACUGAAGAAACCAAUUGGCACAUGAGCGAAAUGAGAUGGAAAUCAGGUGAAUCUAAUUGACUCACUGGCGACAGCUGUCCGAGGAACGGAAAACUUUGGGGAAAUGUACUAACUUUAAGAAUAGGUAAACAAGAUCAACAGUACAAGGCUGAAACCAACAUGAAAGACUUCACAAAAACAAAGCAUGACACUGCGUGGCUCUCUGCUUCAUUGUCAUCAUCAUUAUCUCAGCAGCUGGGAGGAGUGAAAUGGAUUUUCUGAGAAAUCCUCAGUAUUGAUUCAACUCUUGGUUCGGCAGGUCGGUCCCGUGGAAGCAGCCUGACUUCUGAUCAAUUCCCCUUUUGGUGAUUUAGCCACAGAACUUCCUGGUUUUGUUGAAACAUUUUGUUGGCCAGAAUCACGUGAUGUCUCGAAAGCGAUACCAGUUUUAUUUCCAUUUAAAGUAACUUCAUUUAAUCGGUGUUUUGCGUUGAGUAUCAUUCUAUACAGGAGAAUAUGAAAGGCGACCAGGACACCAAGGAGAUUAGUCCGGAUUUGGGUAAAGAUGUUCGGAUCCAGGCUGACAUCCCAAACGAGUGCGGCUCGGCGCUCCAGACGCACCUCUACAAGAGGCGCUGGGUGAUUGUGCUCCUGUUCAGCGCUUAUUCCCUGAGCAACGCUUACCAAUGGAUCCAGUACGGAAUCAUCAGCAACAUCAUCAUGAAGUUCUACAACGUGGAUGGCUUCGCUGUAGAUUGGUUGUCCAUGGUCUACAUGCUCGCGUACAUCCCCUUUAUAUUCCCGGUUACCUGGCUGCUGGAGAAGUAUGGACUGCGCUGCACUGCGCUGGUGGCCAACGCGCUCAACUGCGCAGGGACGUGGAUAAAGGUGGCCAGCGCACGACCUGACCUGUUCUGGGUGACCCUGCUCGGACAGUCUGCCAGCGCCCUGGCUCAGGUCUUUAUCCUCGGGAUCCCCUCCAAUCUGGCCUCAGUCUGGUUCGGGCCAAAUGAGGUUUCCACCGCCUGCUCCAUUGGAGUUUUUGGGAAUCAGUUGGGUAUUGCCAUUGGGUUUCUGGUCCCACCCAUGCUUGUUCCUAAUGUAAAGGAUGUAGACGAGUUGGCGUAUCACAUCAGAUUCAUGUUCUACAUCAGUGCGGGUGUGGCCACCUUCAUCUUUGUACUUGUGGUCAUCGUGUUUCAGGAGAGACCAGAGAUCCCACCAACCCAGUCCCAAGCCCAAGCCAGGAUCUGCCGCUCCAGUGAUUACUCUUACAUGGCCUCCAUCUGGAGGCUGCUGUGCAACAAAGCCUUCAUGUUACUUGUAAUCAGCUAUGGGUUGAAUGUUGGCAGUUUCUACGCCAUUUCCACACUUUUAAACCGAAUGAUAAUUGAUCGCUACCCUGGUGAAGAGUUGAACGCUGGGAGGAUCGGUUUAACCAUUGUCAUUGCUGGAAUGGCAGGAUCUCUCAUCUGUGGCCUUUGGCUUGACAAGACCAAGACCUACAAACAAACCACCCUGAUGGUGUACAUCCUCUCUUUGGUUGGGAUGCUGGUUUACACCUUCACCCUGAACCUGGGGCACCUCUGGGUGGUGUUCAUCACCGCUGGAGUUCUAGGCUUCUUCAUGACCGGAUAUCUCCCUCUUGGAUUUGAGUUCGCAGUGGAGCUCACCUUCCCAGAAUCGGAGGGAACCUCGUCGGGUCUGCUCAACUUUUCAGCUCAGAUUUUUGGAAUCGCUUUCACCAUUGGACAAGGAAAGAUUAUCGAUAAAUGGGGAACUUUACCUGGAAAUGUAUUUCUGUGUAUUUUUUUGCUAAUAGGAACAGUAAUGACAGGAUUCAUCAAAUCUGACCUCCGGCGGCAGAAGACCAAUAAACAAGCUGAGGUGCAGCGACUGAGUAUGGCCACUGAUGUUCGAGAACGUAUCCUGAAAGAGAGGAAGUUCUAAGAUGAAAUGAUGUCUCCUCAGCAAACCACAAAGAGAAGAACCAAACUCUUAAGGGACAUGUUUGCAUGAGUGAACAUGCCAAAAUAACUACAAUGCAACAUGCUGCUAUGACUAGUGAGUAUAUGGAGACUCUGUGACCAUGAUGGAUAUCUAUCUUUGAUUCUUUAGUAUUAAGAACUGCUGCUCCUUUUUUACUGUACUGAUGUGCAGCAAAAAAUCACAUCAAUAUUUAAAAUGCAAUUUCUAAAUGAACCUUUAUACACGUUUGAAAUGCACUUUCAGAAAAUGCAUCACUUACAGUUGAGACAGCCUCUAAUUUUCUAACUCAAAUCUGUUAACAUUUCAACGGGUUUUUUAGUAACAGAUUUUCAUGACGUUUUAGAUAUUAAUUUAAAGAGUAAUAUUCAGUGUUUCCUGAUACUUGUGCUAUGUGUAACUGAACUUGAGUAUUUACUCUGGUGAAGGUACCUAUUUGAAUUCUGUGUUUUGUCAAAGUGAUCUUAAAUGUAGACCAUAACUGGGAUGUCCUAUCUUUACAUUGAGUAAGGUUCAUAUAUCACCCGUUUGCCAUCUAAGGAUCACCUGGUUGGUAUUCUGCCAAGUAUAAAUACUGAUUGAUGCCGUGCAUGAGGGUACACUCGGAGGUCAGUUUUCUCCUCAUUUUACAGGAAUAUGUCUGAAUCGUUUUUUUAAAACAUAUCUAGAAGAUGAAGAAUUUUGGCACUAAAAUAAGAAUAACAAUUUUUUUUUCUAGAAAUUGUCGAAUUUUAACUUGAAUGUAUGACACCAUUUUCUACAGCAGUUGGACUGUCAUUAUGGAACUUUAAAAGUCAGGCUGAAUAAAGAAGCCUGGCUGGGUGAAUAGACUGUUGAAUGAUGGAAAGAGAAAUAAAUGAAUAAAAUGAUGGGUGGAUGAAUAUUGAGUAGAGGAGUGGAUUGAGACUGAUUCAUAGAUCAAUGGAUGGUGGGUAGAAAAAUUGACUGAUGGGUUUAUUGAUUGAUGAAUUGGUACUAAUUUCUGAAAAUAGAAUAUCAAAUAGUGUGGAGAUGACUUUUAUUUCCUUUGUCCAUGGUUGUGGAAAAUGCAUACAUUCCAUUUUUUUGUGCUGGAAUAUUAGAUGAUUUUCACAUUUAAUUAGAUCAUUUUGUAGCUGUGAGAAAGUCACUGUAGAACCAUGUACUGUAAUACUGCCAAACAUUGACUACAAGCUUUUAGCGCUUUUGUAUGUUGCACAUUUAUAUUGGUGACAAUAAAUAUUUCUGGGCUGCUGUAA